UUUUUUUUUUGUUUUUUUUUUUUUUGGGUGUUGAAGUAAGGUAUUUAUGUUAUUUCUGCACUUGUUACAUAAUCCUAAUAUUUAUGUAUUGUUUUUGUGUAUGUGUUUGAUUUAUAAUUCUUGUGUGUUUGUUUUAAAGGAUCGUGGUUAGGUGUUAUGAAUUCCUAACAUGUUAUGUUUUUGAAACAAAACAACGAAAAAUUCUAAAACUUUUCAUUUGUGUUUAAUUUUUGUGUAGUUUUCAGAACCCAAAACAAUUUUUUGGCAUUUCUUCUAGUGAGUUGUUUUUAGAAAAAAGAAUUAUGAGUACUGUUUUAAAAAAUAUUUUGUCAAACGAAAUAGAAAACGAAAACAUAACCAAAUUCAGUUAUUGGGUUCUGUUUUGUUUUGGUUUAUGGAGUUGCCCAUAUAGAAUAUUCUAGUGCAGUGCUGGAUUUUGAUACUUAACUAUUGAGUUUUUGACUGAUGGGUCAUGUUAAGUUUGAUCUGUUUAGAUAAACCCCAAGUCUUGAUUCCUUUCCAUAUGUAAUUUCUUGAGAUUUAUGCCCACUCUGGUUUAUUCCACUAAAUUUGCUUAGUAUAGGUUGAUGAUUCAGUAUAAAAUUCUUGGGUCACUUUCGCAGUGCUCAACAACUGUUUGUGUUUUAGAUCCACACAAAAACUUGACCCAAAAAAACUGGGUUUCUUCUAUAUCCCCUUCUCAAAUGCAUAUUUAUGACUUUGCAAUUCUUGAAUUUUCCCGAUUAUUUGUUUUUUACUUUCUUUGUUUUUUGUGCUUUUACAUGGGGGAGAAAGAGAAAUGAUGCCGUGGAAAACGGUCUUCAAACAGACCUUGAGCAUGGAGAUGCAGUACCGGCUGCAAAUGUCGGGUUUGGUAGAGUACUAGCACUUGCAAAGCCUGAUACAGGAAAAUUGAUUCUCGCUACGGUUGCUCUGUUGAUCGCAUCCAUGUCAAGUAUAUUGAUUCCGAAAUUCGGUGGGAAAGUAAUUGACAUUGUGUCGAGAGAUAUCCAAACACCUCAACAGAAAGAUGAAGCAUGGGACGAAGUCAAGAACACCAUACUAUAUAUCUUUCUAAUUGUCAUAGUCGGGUCGAUCUGCACAGCACUUCGGGCAUGGUUGUUUUCUUCUGCUAGCGAAAGGGUUGUUGCACGGUUGAGAAAUAACUUGUUCAGUCACCUCAUUCACCAAGAAAUAGCCUUCUUUGACAUUAUUCGAACCGGUGAACUCCUAAGUAGGCUAUCUGAAGAUACACAGAUCAUAAAAAAUGCAGCAACUAACAAUCUCUCCGAGGCCCUAAGGAAUCUUUCUACUUCAGUGAUCGGUCUCGCAUUCAUGUUUGCAACAUCAUGGAAAUUAACAUUAUUAUCUUUGGCUGUUGUUCCAGCCAUCUCUAUUGCUGUCCGCCAAUUUGGUCGCUUUCUUCGCGAACUAUCUCACAGUACUCAAUCUGCUGCUGCCGUCGCUGCCUCAAUUGCUGAGGAAACUUUCGGUGCCAUAAGCACAGUGAGAUCUUUUGCUCAAGAAGAAUAUGAAAUUUCACGCUACGCAGAGAAAAUUGAUGAGACAUUAAAUCUUGGACUUAAACAAGCUAAAGUAGUUGGAUUGUUCUUCGGAGGUUUAAAUGCAGCUUCAACACUAUCCGUUAUUGUAGUAGUUAUCUAUGGAGCCUAUAUAACAAUCCAAGGCUUUAUGACCCCGGGUGAUCUUACAUCAUUCAUUCUUUACAGCCUCACAGUGGUCAAGAUGCGGAAGUGGAGUUAGACGAUGUCUGGUUUGCCUAUCCCUCGCGACCAAACGAUAUGGUGCUCAAGGGAAUAACAUUAAAACUGCAGCCUGGUUCAAAGGUUGCUCUGGUCGGUCCAAGUGGUGGUGGGAAGACAACUAUAGCAAACUUGAUCGAAAGGUUUUAUGACCCUAUCAAAGGAAAGAUUUUGGUGAAUGGUGUUCCUUUAG